GGCGUAUUCGUCGCGCGCUUUCGCGCCAAACGUUCGCUUCGAAAUCGAACCAAACCGAACAAGCAGCUGCAGAAGAAGCACUAGGAAUGUGGUUGGAGCGCUGGCAAGAAGCAGAAGUCCGGCGCUGUUCUGACUGACCUUCCGCCCCCGCUUCGAGAAGCAAAGGGCAAUUUCGCGACUCUUAAGGGCUUCUUGUGACCCUAAUGGCUCAGCAAUUUCAAGUGCUGAGGUGCUGCUCCUGUAAUAUCUUCCAAGUCCAGCAGGUUAAAAGGAGCAAAAAAUGGAACUGCAAAGUAUGUGAUGAAAAGCAGUCAAUUCUAAAAGUUUGGGGCCAGGGUUCUGGAUCUGAUUGCAGGCGCCAUGUACAAAAAUUAAACUUGCUGCAAGGAGAGGUAGAUCAGGCACCUGUGAACAUGCUUGGGCGUAUCGAAGAACCAGUUGAGGGGGAUGAUGAGAACACAGUUGUUAAAUUGGAAGAGAAUGUGGGCUGGCAGGAGGAGAAAGAAGAGUUGAUCAGCCGCUGGGCUAAAUAUCUGGACAAAAGCUGUGAUGAGUCUGUGAAGAAAGAGGAAGAGGAGGAGAUGGUGCAUAUAGAAAAACAGAUGUACCCUUUCAAGAGGAACAUUGUAAAAGAUUCAAAGAAACGUAAGACCAGCUUAUGCCUUAUUGAUGCCCGGGAAGCUGAAGAAAAAGGAGUUGCUGGAUUUGCAAAGUGUGACACGAACUUUGAGAACAGAAGAUAUUCAGCCACAGUCAGUAUAAAAAGCUGUGGAGAUGCAAAAUGCAAAAGUACUGUAUCUCUGGAUGCUGAGGAGCUUCUGGUGCCUGGAAAGAAUAAAGAGCCAGGAUCAAGAGUUCCUGUACUUUCAAAGUGGGAGAAAUUCCUUUCAUCAGCUGAGAAUCACGAUAGUAGCUUGACUGCCACUGCAGAAGAGAAGACCACCACUCCAAAUACCUGCAGAACACCACUCCAAGUAUCUGCUGCUACCACAACCAGCCUCAUCAGUGUUGCCUCCUGUAACUGCCAUGCACUAAAACAGAAUGCAUCAAUCUUGCCAGAUGGAGACCUGAUGCACUCAAACUCUGAGCUUGGUAGAGUACAGAACAUACCUACAGAUUCUUCAGCUUUGGCUAGUACUCUUCCUCAAACAAGGCUGAUGCAGAGAGUGCCUGAAGAACUUGCCUCUGAUCUUUCUGCAAACCCUCUUGCUGGCUCUAAUACAAAGGGUCUGUACAGAAGUAUCUUCUCUACAGAAGAUGAUUUUGAUGCUUAUCUCUAAGAACUAUUCAGCCACCCUUGUCCCUCUUUCUAUACUGUUUAUCAUUAUUGGGCUAUUCAAAAUGGCUCAGAAUAGCCUUUAUUUAAGAACUGUAUCUAACAUUGACCAAAGCUGUUUCUGUUAAAGAGGGGUUUGUAUUCAGGUAGUAUUGCUGUUUCUUGCAGAACACAUAAACCUCUCACGAUAUGACAGAAUAUGCUUGGAAACGGAAAGCAAUUCUGGCCUUGUACUAAAUUGUCUAUUCAGACAAUUGCCUGCAUUCUAUAUAGUAGAGGGAUGGGAACUUAAAUGUUUAGCAGCUGUUUUUUAGGGGUGUGUAUGAACUGGUUAGUGCAGUUUGGUCUGAUUUUGGACUGAACUGUGGGUAUUUGAACUGAGCAACUGGGCCAGUCUGUUUGAUGAACCAGAUCAAACCAGCCCAGUUCAGUGGCCCAGUUGCAAACUGGUUCUACACAUUCCUACUGUCUUCAGGUGUUUCUAUAACUAAACACCACCCCCCAGCACCUUGUGGGUGAUAUUCAGUCUGGAGUUAAGGUGGGGAAAAGAUGCUGGCUUAGGAAACACUGAUACUAAAGACUGCUACAUGUUAACUUGUACGGAAGUAAUUUGUUUUUGUUUUUUGUAGUAAAGAGUUUUCUUCACUGCA